AAUUAAUUGUUUGUUGUGUCAUGAUGAGCUCUGGAACUAUGAGUUCAUACCCUCAUUUAUAUUUAAAUAUUUUGUGAUUAACUUAUUCUUGUAGUUUUGCCUACCUGUUCUACAAGCUACUUGAAUAACAAUUCUUGACUCGCUUGAUAUUGGAUAAGUUAAAACUGUUUUAUGACGAAGGAAACUGGAGCGAAGCUAAUAACAUAUUCGCUGUAAGCUAUGUUUAGUUGUAGAUAGUGAACAAAAUAAUAUUGUGACUACAAAAAUUAGGAUGGAGAAACCAAACGAACCAAACUCUGAAGACUGUUGCAACAGUGGCUGUAAUCCUUGCAUAUUUGACAUUUAUGACGAGCAGUUAAAACUGUACGAAAAGUAUUUACUAAAUAAGGAAAUUAUAAAUACUAUACCUCAAAAUAAUGCUAUAUCACAGUUGAAGUACACAGGAUUUGUCUUGGUAAAGAACUUACCUGAGUGCCACUUACAUCAUCGUUUAUUUUUCAAAAAAAAAUCUGACGAUAAUAUGAAAGUUUCUUGGAAACCUGGUGAUCAUUUCCUCUAUAAAUACAAUACAGAUAAAAACUCUUGCACAAGAGCUUAUACUCCCUUAAAAGUACGGAAUGAUCAAAGUUUAAUAAGUGAUUUUUCAAUUAUUGUCAAAAAUUAUGAACUUGGUUUGGUUUCAAGUCACCUAUGCAAUUUAAAUGAAGGAAGCAUAACUUUUUGGAGGGGCCCAUAUGGGCAUUACAAUUUGGAAUGCAAUAAAUUUGAAAGAAUUAUUAUGAUUGCGCAAGGGACUGGUAUAGCUCCAUUUAUUUCAAUGAUUGAAACUAUUUUAAAUAAUGAAGACGAUUUAACUAAAGUGAUUCUAUUAUAUUGCUGCCAAAGUGAAAAUUCAAUACUUUUUCGAGAAGAACUUUAUUAUUAUAAGUCAUAUUGGAAUUUUAAGUAUGAAAUUUUUGUAAGCAAUGCAAGUGUACCUUUAAAAUAUAGAUAUCAAGAACCAAUAAACAGCCAUAGGUUUAGCUCAAAUAAUUUAUUGCCUCUAAAACCUUUCACAAAUAAUGAUCAAGUACUUAUAUGUGGAGCACCUCAGUUUAAUGAGACUUAUAAAUUGUAUUUAGAAGCAGAAACACCUAAAGUGGAAAAUAUAGUUUUAUUUUAAAUCAUUGUUUCUAUUCAUGAUUGAACUAUUUAGAAAUCACACCCAUUAUCACUCAAAAUUUUAAAUAAUUCACAAAUGUCUUAUGUUUACCUACACCACAUCAGCCUAUAUAUACAACAUAUAUGUGCCCUCUGCUGAGCAAAGGCUCUUGCGCGGAGAAGGAUGGUCCAUUACUCAUAAUGUUUGCUCAAGAAUUAGAAGUAUAAUAUGCAAUAGGUAAUAAGUUAAAUAAAUUUUGAACCUGAAAAGACCUUCUGCUUACCCCUUCGGAAAAUAAAAGGCGUAGUGUUUAGUUGGUAAAGAAAGACCCAAACUAGAAAAUAGGACCAGGAACUAAUAUAUAAGUAUUAGUUACUCCGCGCAGUUUCACCUGCUGCUCGGUUCCUCUUGAUUGUAGCGUGAUUUUUUACCUUACAGCCUAAUUCGAUAAGUGGUCUAUCCAACACGAAAAUAUUUAUUCCAUUUGAACCUGUAGUUACGAAGAGUAGCGCGUUCAAACAAACAAACAUUCAAAAUACUAUUCAUCUUUAUAAUAACUCGACUUCUAGCCAAGGGCGUAGCGUGCUUGUCGGGGACUAUUUAUUUGUUAGGGACUCAAGGGUAUUCCCACUGUAAUAUUUUUUUUACAUAAAAUAAUAAUAUAAUUUGUGUGGAAAGCAGAAACGCAACGCCUUCUGCUCAAAUAAACUAUGAUUAAUUUAG